AUGUGGUUGUUUUAUAAUACAAAACUCACCAUCCAUUGUGUUUUUCAUCCCUUUAUAGUAACAAACUACAAGUUUGACAAGUCCAAACAUUGUAUAAGCACCAUGACGGUGGAAAUUGACUUCCUGCAGAAGAAGAGUGUGGACAGCAACCCCUACGACUCUGACAACAUGGCCUGCGAGUUCAUCCAGCACUUCAACAGCCAGGCCUUCAGCGUCGGCCAGCAGCUGGUGUUUAGUUUCUGUGAUAAGCUGUUUGGCUUGCUGAUAAAGGAUAUUGAGGCCAUGGACCCCAGCAUCCUGAGAGGAGAGAAUGAGUCUGGCAAGAAACCAAAGAUAGAGAUAGGUUUGUUGCUAGGAAACAGUCAGGUGAUUUUUGAGAAGUCAGAGACCUCAUCCAUUACCCUGGUUGGUAAAGCCAAGACCCGAGGGUCCCGCCAGGCCAUCAUCAGCCCAGAUUGGAACUUUGAGAAGAUGGGCAUUGGCGGCCUCGACAGAGAGUUUUCUGACAUCUUCCGCCGAGCCUUCGCCUCCAGGGUCUUCCCUUCGGACAUAGUAGAACAGAUGGGCUGUAAGCAUGUGAAGGGUAUCCUGCUGUACGGACCCCCAGGCUGCGGCAAAACCCUGAUGGCACGACAGAUUGGCAACAUGCUUAAGGCCCGGGAGCCGAAGAUUGUCAACGGCCCCGAGAUCCUGAACAAGUACGUUGGAGAGUCUGAAGCCAACGUCAGGAAGCUGUUUGCAGACGCAGAGGACGAACAGAAGAGGCUCGGAGCGAACAGUGGCCUUCACAUCAUCAUAUUUGAUGAGAUUGAUGCAAUCUGCAAACAGCGUGGCAGCAUGGCAGGCAGCACAGGCGUCCACGACACCGUGGUCAACCAGCUGCUUUCUAAGAUAGACGGAGUGGAGCAGCUCAACAAUAUCCUGGUCAUAGGUAUGACCAACAGGCCUGACCUGAUAGAUGACGCCUUGUUGAGACCUGGAAGACUGGAGGUGAAGAUGGAGAUUGGAUUACCUGAUGAAAAGGGCCGCGUUCAGAUCCUCCAAAUCCACACGGCGAGGAUGCGUCAGAAUGAUCUGCUGUCCGCUGAUGUUGACGUUAAGGAGCUGGCGGUGGAGACCAAGAACUACAGCGGUGCCGAGCUGGAGGGCCUGGUCCGGGCCGCACAGUCCACGGCCAUGAACAGACACAUCAAGGCCAGUGCCACAGUGGAGGUGAACCUGGAGACAGCAGAGAAGCUGCAGGUCAGCAGAUCGGACUUCCUGGGCUCUCUGAAUAACGACAUCAAACCUGCGUUUGGUACCAAUCAAGAGGACUACGCCAGCUACAUCAUGAACGGAAUCAUCCGAUGGGGCGACCCGGUGUCGGCGGUGCUGGAGGACGGGGAGCUGCUGGUGCAGCAGACCAAGAACAGCGAGCGCACUCCGCUGGUGUCUGUGCUGCUGGAGGGCCCGCCUAACAGUGGGAAAACAGCGCUGGCUGCUAAGAUCGCUGAAGAAUCCCAGUUCCCCUUCAUCAAGAUCUGCUCCCCCGACACAAUGAUCGGACACUCUGAGAUCGCCAAAUGCCAGGCCAUCAAAAAGAUAUUUGAAGAUGCCUACAAGUCCCAGCUGAGCUGUGUGGUUGUGGAUGACAUUGAGCGUUUGUUGGACUACGUCCCAAUUGGCCCUCGUUUCUCCAACCUGGUGUUACAAGCUCUACUGGUGCUGCUGAAGAAAACUCCUCCAAAGGGCCGUAAGCUGCUGAUCAUCGGCACCACAAGUCGGAAAGACGUCCUGCAGGAAAUGGAGAUGUUGAAUGCUUUCAGCACCACCAUCCACAUUCCCAACAUCUCGAGGGGGGAGCAGCUGGUCGAAGCCCUGGAGCUGCUGGGCAGUUUUCAGGAUGCGGAGCGGGCCGACAUAGCCAAACGGGUGAAGGACAAAACUCUGUGGAUCGGCGUCAAAAAGCUGCUCAUGCUGAUUGAAAUGUCCAUACAGGUGGAUUCUGGCUUCAGAGUGAACAAGUUCAUGAGUCUACUGAAGGAAGAAGGAGCACUGGAUUCUGAUAUGUUAAUGGCAAUCUAGACUCAGCGGAGCCACAUAGUGAGAAAGAGGCAUCCUUCAACGUUGCUGAGGAACAGCGCCUGAGAGAGGCUGGCAGGAGGAAGCAGGCAGGAGAUAGUUUCCAUCUCUCUCUGCAUCCUUCCCUCCUAUCCCUGAAGCUCUUCUCUCCUCUGCACUGCAGCAGCAGCAUCCUCCUCUUCUUCAGCGCUAUGUGAGCAUGUGAAAUAAGAGAAAUGAGCUGUGUUUGUUGUGUCUGUGUAUAUUGCAUUUGCAGACAAACUAAUGCUGUAAUCUCCAUGUCAUGCCUCACACUCCAUCAGGAUUUGAUAAGUAAAAGAGUCCAGGCAGAACAUAUGUCUCUAUGGCAAGUGCAUGCACAAACACUACUCAUAACAGUUUGUUGAUAUUGGCCUUAUGUGUAUGCACAGAUUGAUCAUUCCAGGAUAUCCAUGACUUAAAGAUCUCACUUUAUUCUUAUCAUGUUAUGUAUCUGCUUGUGUGUGACCUUUAUAUUUUAUGAAUAAAUUAAUUAUAUUACUAACGAGAUACUGUAGUAUUUGG